CAACGUAAGAACCAUUUGUCAUUUUUCUCACCAAAUUAAUUACAAUACAUCCCCAAAAAACUACUUGCCCUUCACACUUUCCUUCUUUUCUCCAUUCAAGAUUCAUACAUACAUUCAACAAUGCUCACCCAAAUUGCUCACAAACUUUGGAACCAAAGAAUCAUUGGAACUCCUUUGAAUAAUAAGAGAUUUUAUGGGGUAAUACCAAUGGUGAUAGAACAUUCUUCAAGAGGUGAAAGAGCAUAUGAUAUAUUCUCAAGACUCUUAAAGGAACGAAUUGUUUGCAUAAAUGGCCCAAUUAAUGAUGCCACUUCACAUGUUGUUGUUGCUCAGCUUCUUUUUCUUGAAUCUGAGAACCCAUCUAAGCCUAUUCACAUGUACCUUAAUUCCCCUGGUGGGGCUGUUACUGCUGGUCUUGCUAUCUAUGAUACAAUGCAGUAUAUUCGAUCUCCAAUUAAUACUAUAUGUCUAGGUCAAGCAGCUUCAAUGGGAUCCCUUCUAUUAGCUGCGGGUGCAAAGGGUGAGAGACGAUCUCUCCCUAAUGCUUCAAUUAUGAUUCAUCAGCCUUCCGGUGGAUAUAGCGGGCAGGCUAAAGAUUUGACAAUCCACACUAAACAGAUUGUUCGUGUGUGGGAUACUUUGAACGACUUAUAUGCAAAGCAUACGGGACAACCUAUUGAAACAAUUCAGAAGAAUAUGGAUAGGGAUUAUUUCAUGACACCGGAAGAGGCCAAGGAGUUUGGAAUAAUCGAUGAGGUUAUAGAUGAAAGACCAAUGGCUUUAGUAACUGAUGCUAUUGGUAGUGAAGCCAAAGAAAAAGGAUCAAGUUAGAAUUUGCAGUAAGACUGACUCUACAUUGUUGUCUUUGUUAACGUUACCUCCGCUAAUUCACUUUGAUGAGAUGAUAACUCAAUAUGUUGUUUUCCCAGUUAUUUGUUCUAGUGAGUUUAGAUGAGCUAGAAUGAUUUCUGGGAUUAGAUUGAAAGCAUCCUCUGAUAUUAACUCCAAAUUAUGUGCCUAAAACUGCUGUUCUGAGCUCAGUCUAACAGCAGUUGAGUUUUUGGAGUACAGGUAUUUAAUAAGACUGAAAAUUUUAGCACUUAGCUUCAAAAAACUGAACCAUU